AUGCUCUCUUUAUUAUUAGUAUAGAUAGUGAGUUCAAUGCCAAUUUAUGGAAAUUUCUCUUAAAAUUAUUAUUAUGUAGAAUUGAACAAUAAAAGAUGGAUUUUAGAUUAGAAUUUUGAUGGUGCAAUAGAAUUAUUAUUAGGAUGUGAAAAUAAUUAAUCAAAAUUUCAUCAUUUCUAAGCUUAAAGAUUUAUAUUAAUUGGAGCAAUCCCUUUAGAGAGAAAAAUGAUAGGAUAAAUUGAUGAUGUUAAUUACAUUUGUAAUGAUACUUCUUGUCACAUGAAGAUAGGAGAUUUAAUAAUUUAAAAUUUUUGUGGAUAAAUGUAUACUUACUUUUAAGAAAUUAACAAUUAUUUAGGCCUUGGUGGAAUAAUACAAAAAUUUAAUAGCUAAUAGUAACUUAAAUUAUGUUUGGCUUAAAAUGGGGGUUAUAUGAAAAUUGGUAAUUUUUAAAAGGAUGACUAAAUUAUUUAAAUUGAUUAGAUGAAAUCUAUAUGCAAUUAGGAAUCUAAUUGUUAAUAAAAUAGAUUGAAAUUAAUCUCAUUAGAAAUUAAAUAAAAUUUCUUAUUUCCAAAUAUUUAUGAAACAGAUGCAGAAAUAGAUUUCACUAAUACAUAUGUUGUCUUUCCUAAAAACUUAUAUCUCUAAUUAAUAAAAUAAUUUUUAUGUUAAGGAUUUUUCUGUCCUUAAAGAAAUGAUAUAGAUGGAUUAAUAUGUUAUGAUAAUGAUUAUAAUAAUAUAGAUAAAUUUUAUGAAAAGUUUCCUAAGAUAAGCUUUUUAUUUAAUGAAAGUUCAGAGUUUAUUUGGUUUCCAUAAGAUUAUUUAGUUACACAUGAUAAUAAGACUUAUUGUUUUCCUGUAAAAAGAGGAAGUAAUAUUAUUUAUCAUUUUAAAAAGUUGGACAAAUUAUCCUAGGCUAACCAUUUAUGAGAAAUAAAGAGUUUAUUUUUGGAAGAGAGAAACUAAUUGUCAAUUAUUAAAAUUGUUCUUUAGAAACUAGUCUUGAUGCUCCUACGAUAUCGAUAUCAAUACCUUUGAUAAAAAAAUUGGAAAUCCCAAAAUUUCUUACAGGAAUUUCAUUGUUCAUCUUUACAUUCAUCAUUUAUUACAUUUUAUUUAAGAUUAAAUUAAGGAAAACAAAUUAAUAAUUGAUUAAUCCACAUAUUCAAUGA